AUGACACCAUCGACUCCACCAGCUUCCAGAGGAAGAAGGAACUCUAGAUCUGUUUGUACAUUUGAAGAGGCCUUGCAGGAGAGAAAGGACCAUGAGUUCCCUCAGACUCCUCAUAGAGGAUCACAUUUGCGUGCGCCGGUGACACCUUCUACUGUAAAACCUUUCAAGCAUUCAGUACCGUCACUUAAGGCUCCUUUAAUGGGCAAUGUGAGCAAGUCUCCUUUUAAAGGAUUCAAUUCGCCAGAGUACACACCCCAAACCCAGUCUUCAAAGAGUAAAGGACCCUUAUUAGAGCCUGCAGGUGAGUUGCAGAACGUUAGUAGGGUUUUGUUCCCGCCAUCUAACGAAGAGCUUUUAUCUGUGAGUGAUAGAGCUCCGCUAUCGCUACUGCCGCCUAGGAGACCUGUAUCGACAAGAAGAGAUCUUUCCGACCAGUUUUCUUCGGAUCUGGAGGAAGGUGAAUACCAAGAAUCACGUAAGCUGGCCAAGCAGGUUCCUGGGACUCCAAGCCAUAAAGUGGUAACAUUUCAAAUGGCCCAGGAAUGGAAUAAUUCAGAGCAUGAAUCUGCGGAUGACUUAUCAGAUUCAGAAGAGAUAGUAAAAGGAAAAAGUCUGUAUAAUCCCUUUCAAAGUGAAGAAGUGGCAGAUGAGAGUAUCAGACAGCAGAGAAAACAGCUCCUAUUACAUGAAAACCCUGAUAUCGAAGACGUAAUAACGUAUGUCAAUAAGAAGGGCGACGUCGUAAGGCGACGUCACUUAUCAGAGAGGGAGAAGGAAUUGUAUAAACCCAAGAGGCUCUUUGCCGAAGAGUUAAACGUGCUGGAAACUAAGAGAAAACAGGAUAUAGAGGAGGAGCAUUAA